AUGAUGAGCAGCAACACGGGUGCGCUGCGCGGCGCCGUUCGGGCGAGGGGCGUCGUUCGUACAGGAGUGCUGGCUGAGGUGGCUACCGCGCCGAGGUGCCUCGACCGGCGCCAUGCAGCAUCCAUCACUAAGCAGGACAGGGUCCGCGCCGAGCUGAUGAGCCACUUGCGCCAGGCGGAGAUCAAGGGCUGGAGCAAGGACGAGAUACAGAACUACCCCUGGGCCGACCCCGUCAACCGCGACGAGGCCCUGAAGGUGAUGGACGAGGUCAACAGGCUCAGGCUCGACGUCGAGGAGAUCUAUUACAACUCGCCGGCCGGUGUGCUGUACCAGCAGGCCCUCGCGCACGAGCCUGGUAGCUGCAUCGUGUCCUCUGGGGCGCUAGCGGUGUGCAGCGGCGUCAAGACUGGCCGGUCGCCGAUGGACAAGCGCGUGGUCGUGGAGGAGGACUCGAAGGACGAUGUGUGGUGGGGCAAGGUGAACAUCGAGUUGACAGAGGACGCCUUCCUGACGAACCGCGAGCGCGCUGUCGACUACCUGAACACCCGCGAGCGCCUGUACGUGAUCGACGGCUUCGGCGGCUGGGACAAGGACUAUAGAGUGCCAGUGCGCGUGAUAACCACUCGGGCAUACCACGCCCUCUUCAUGCAGAACAUGCUGGUGCCGCCGACGAAGGAGGAGCUUUCAGAAAAGUUUCAAGACCCCUUCGUGAUCUACAACGCUGGCGUUUUCCCCGCGAAUCGCCGCACGCAGGGCAUGACCUCCUCUACCUCCGUCGCUGUCUCGUUUAAGCGCAAAGAGAUGGUGAUCCUGGGGACCCAAUACGCGGGGGAGAUGAAGAAGGGCGUCUUCACUGUCAUGAACUACCUCAUGCCGCUGCAGCCCAGGCGAGAUCUGCCGCCUGCCGAGCGCGCCCUGCCGCUGCACGCGUCCGCCAAUAUCGGGCCCGACAACGACGUGUCCAUCUUCUUCGGCCUGAGCGGGACUGGGAAGACCACGCUCAGCGCGGACCCGAAGCGCGACCUCAUCGGAGACGACGAGCACGUGUGGACCACGAAGGGCGUCUUCAACAUUGAGGGCGGCUGCUACGCCAAGACCAUCGAUCUCUCUCCAGAGAAGGAGCCAGAGGUGCACGCGGCCAUCCGGUACGGCUCUGUCCUCGAGAACGUUGUUUGGGAUGAGGCCACUGGUGAAGUGGACUACAGCGAUGUCUCGCUGACGGAGAACACACGCGCGUCCUAUCCGCUGCAGUUCAUGCACAAUGCUCGCAUCCCAGCCACAGUUGAUUAUCAGCCCCAGCGUGUGAUUCUCCUGACGUGUGACGCUUUCGGUAUCUUGCCCCCCAUCUCGAAGCUGACUCCAGAGCAGGUUAUGUACCACUUCAUCUCUGGUUACACUGCCAAGGUAGCCGGCACGGAGAUGGGCGUCACGGAACCCCAGGCCACCUUCUCAGCGUGUUUCGGUGCCCCCUUUCUGGUGUGGCACCCCUACGUUUACGCGGAGAUGCUGGCUGCGAAGCUCGAGAAGAGCGGAGCGCCCGCGUACCUUGUGAACACGGGCUGGACCGGCGGGGCGUAUGGUGUUGGCAGCCGCAUGAGCCUGAAGGACACACGGCAGCUCAUCGACGCCAUCCACGACGGCUCUUUGGAUGGCAUGCGGUGGGAAGAGAUGCCCAUCUUCGGCCUGCAGGUGCCCUCGACGGGUAUCAAGGACGUGCCGCUCGAGACUCUCCAGCCGCUGAAGGCGUGGCAGAAGAACGGGCAGUCCCAGGGUAAGUUCCAGGAGACGGCGACCGGCCUGGCGAAGCUGUUCCAGGGCAAUUUCCAGGAGUACGCCGACCUGUGUUCCCCGGCGGUCCUCGCCGCUGGGCCCAGUGCCUGA